CCGAAAAAUAGAUAAUGCUCAUUCAUUGACUGUCAGUAAAAGUUAGUUACUGUAGCUAGCGACGCAACCAAACGUUACAAAUCCUUGCAGCGCCACUAUUCUGACACCAAUCACGCCGAGUUGUUUAACUAACAGUUUAAUCAGUAUCAGAUUAUGGUUUAAGAUAUCCUUUAUUGGCUAGUAAAUCUUUUCAGCCUACCUUUGCUCCACUAUCUGAUCUAUUUCAUCACACGGAAGACGGAGAAAUAUUCACCGGAAGUAAACAAACCUUUUUCUCUGGCCAGCUGACGCUGAUGCCAGCGGUAGAUGCUGCCACCGUGUGGCGGAGAUAUGUUACAACAGUCUACUUCAUUUUGUGUGUGUGUAAAUCACAGGUCUCCAAUCCUGGUCCUGGGGUACACAGGGUGUGCCCGAACUUUGUUUAACUACAACACACUCAGUCAUAGGCUAAGUGAUGACCGUAGUUGAAUAGUUGAAUCGGGUGUGUAGGCCUACUAACGUGAUGGAACAUAAGCCUGCACACCCAGUAGGCCCCUUGGAACCAGGAAUGAACAACACGAGUAAGUCUGUAAACGUAUGAGCCAACUGGCCCUCAAUGCUUUUUUCCUAGGUGGAAGAAUGUACGGCAUUCUAGCCUAGACUCGUGGCUAUCGGACUGAGUUUUUUUUAAAUAUUAUUGAAGAGUAGCAAAGGAUAGAGGGAGACAGUGAAAUCAUCAUGCCAUCAGAGUUAUACAGUCAUAAAAGAGAGAUGGUGACAAGACACCGACUAAGAGUUCUCAUAUGGGUCGCCGUAGCGACUUUGUGGUGUCAAGAUCUUUUAGAAGAUGUGUCCGGUGCCGUAUAUGGCGCUCAUCCUUCCCAGGGCUUGGGCCAAUCUAUCAGCGAUGCAAAUCUGAUGUUUGAGUUCUUGUUGGGUGGAGUAGAGAUCGACAAAGACAACAACAUCGCCCUGCUGGACAUGGAGAUGGCAUCUAUGAGGCAGGGACGAGCUUUCCUGGCUCACAUCAACGACAACAUCCCCAAGACGCUCUCUUCUAUGGAGCAGAUGGUGAAGGACCUGGAGGACCAGAGAGGGCCUCUCCCUCUCUCCCAACCCCGCUUUGAGAGCCUCAUCCUGGGCAUGGUCUACUCUGCUCACCAGGCCAAGCUCCAGGAGAGAGAGGAGGUCCAGGAGAAAUGGGGAGAGGUGCUGAUACGUCUGGCUAAUAUUACAGUCAACGAGCUGCGUAGACCGGAGACCAUCACAAAAUUCACUUAGAUUAGGAUACAGACUGUUCAUUAGCCUUGUCCCAAGCGUGUAAUUAUCUUUUUAAUACAGUAUACAAAAAGAUAUAUACAGUACCAGUCAAA